AUGGCCGAGCCGCGCUCCAAGCGGCCGCGGGUGACGCUGCCCGCCUGCCCCGCGCACCGCCCGCUGCCCGGCAGCCGCGUCCGCCACGGCUUCCCGCCCGCCGUGGAGGAGGCGCUCUGCGGCGUCACCGGCGCCCAGCUGGAGCUGCACUACUGCCUGCAGGCGCUGGGUGAAUAUUUUGAUCAGUCACAUGUGGCUCUACCAAAUAUUUCGAAGUUCUUCCUGCAUCAAGCUCUGGAAGAGAGAAAAGCCGCAGAAGCCUUGAUGAAGUAUCAGCAGGAAAGAGGAGGCCAUUACUGUUCUAAAACCAUCCAGAAACCAAACUGUGAUUAUGCAGUCGGUCUGAUGAAAGCCCUGGAACUAGCAAUGGUACAAUGGAAAACUAUGCUACGGUAUUUUGAAGAGCUUUAUGCCCUAAGUGUUGAAAAUGCAGACCCUCAUAGUGCAAGCACUAUCAAGAAACAAUUUAUUGGGCCCAAAAUCCAGAAGAUCAAGCUGAUGGGAGAUCUGCUGACCAAUGCUCGCAGGCUUGACUGUUCCCAGGAUGGCAGAAACAGUCUUGGGGAUUACUUUAUGGACCGGCUGCAGAAAGAGUUCAGGACCAGCAUAGAGCCAGAGUGCAGUGAUCACUGCAGCCCCUGCCCGCCUCUCCAGCAGUGCACAGGAGCUGCAGAAGGUCUGAAGCGACCCCAGAGAGAAUGCUCCCAGCACAGAAAUGGCAUAGGGCCAAUAUAUGCAACCAUACACUGCACCACCAUGCUGCCACAGUGUAACGAUGGCACGGGAGCAAAGGUGAAGCAGGGCAGGGAGGGCCUUUAAUGCUCAGGCUGCUGCAGCUACUGGGCAGCUCCUCAGGCAGACCUGUCCCAAGGGUGGAGCUGGGACCAAAACUCAGGAGACAUGAUGCUCCAUCCCUCCUCCUGCUUUACACCCCAUCCCCUCAUCCUGUGCUGAGUCACAGCUCAAAAUGUAGCCCAUACCACUGUUUGCUUUAAAUGAUAGCAAGGUUGCCAGCUAGAUUGUCACAUUUAUCUAUACAAUUCUUCCUAGAAGCCAAAAGUUCUUAAGCUUCUUCUUUCUCUUAAAUGAUUAAUAGGAUCAGCAGGUGCAAAUUAUUUUAAGAUAGAUAAUAUUUUUAUUAAAACAAAUUAAAAAAUCACUGCACCUUUAAUGCAAGGAAACUUUUACAUGGCAGAAAAUCCAAAUAUUUAGUUUUAUAUUACUGAAUAUCUUAUUUUACUAUUCAGUAUUUUAAAUUACUAACAAGUUUAGUAACAUAAUGAACUUUUUAAAAAGACCUGUUCAAAAACAAUGGGUUUUUUGUCUUAUUUCUAUCACAGUAGCAAUUUAAAGUAGUUUAAUGCAUUUACUGAUCAGCUGUUUCUAGUGGUAUACUUCAGGAUGAAGGAUGCAAACAUUUCCUCAACAGUGGGAAUAAGAAAAUGUGCUGAUUUCUCUAUAGUUAUUGCCUGGUUGGCUUUUCUCAUCCUCAGAAAGCAGAUGAGAAGGAAAUUAGGAGUUGUCAUUAGAUGACAACUUUAGAGGUUCUAAGGCAUAUUUUGCAAGUGUCACCAAAGAGAGAAGCUCUAAGACUUUGUCCAGACUUAACGUAGAAUGAUUGCUUUAAUUAUGAUACAGAGCCCUAUCUCAGCUAGCUACUAAAGGUAUUACUGUGGCACUCCUGCUACUUCUUAUAUUCCCUAUUUGGUCCCAAGUAGAGGCAUGAGAUCCUAGUGAAAAAAUAGAAUUGCAUCGGAGAGAAUGGCUACUCAUUGGUUUUGCCUUUCAAUUGGGGCAGUGUUAGCCAGCUUGGUUCAAGUGCAGGGGUGUCCAGAUUCCUCUCAUUAGUCCCCUACUGGAGUGCCUCAUUCUGUACCCUGGCUCCCAAGGUCACCUAAGAAGAGCAACUGGCUAGAUCAGCUGCCUGCAGUUAGGGAUUUUUUGUCAUUAUAUACAUCUUUUAUGCAGUUAGGGUUUGAUUCAUUGGAAGACUGCCUUACACUUUCAUGUAAUACUUUAGCUGAUACUCCUGUUUUGCUUGAAAAUAAAUUCAGUUCCAUGUCUGUA